GUAGUCCCAGCUAUUUGCGGGGCUGAGCAGGGAGGAUGGCUUGAGCCCAGCAGGUCGAGGCUGCAGUGAGCAGUGAUCAAACCACUGCACUUCAGCCUGGGUGACAAAGUGAGACCCUGUCUGAAAAAAAUAAAAAAUAAAAAGAUGGUUUAAAUGGUAAGUUUUAUGUUAUGUGUAUUUAUUUUACCGCAAUUUUAAAAAGUGUUAAGAUUAUAAUGAAUAUACAUAACAUGCAAUACCGCUAGCAUGCAGUAGAGGGCGGAUGGGGUUUAAGCUUUACAGAAAAACUUUAUUCAUUCAGCUCCUGCAGCCAAUUCUGACCCUGUCAACGAAUCAUUCACACACCUGCAGCUCUGCUGUGACAGUGCAAGCCCGGGAAUCCUGGCUUGCCUCAACAUUGGAGACACGGCACAGUAACCAGCUUGGAGACAUAUCAGCCAAUGCUCUAAGAUCAAGUCGAAGACCCAACAUACAGGGUUUUGAGCUCAUCUUCAUCAUCCAUAGGAGGAAAUCAAUGGUAAAAUCCUUGCAAAUACAAUGAGACUCAUCGGAAACAUUUACAUAUUUUGUAGUAUUGUUAUGACAGUAGAGGGUGAGGUUCCAGAGCUGCCAGGAGAAAGGGAGCUGAUGACCAACUGCUCCAACAUGUCUCUAAGAAAGGUUCCUGCAGACUUGACCCCAGCCACAACCACACUGGAUUUAUCCUAUAACCUCCUUUUUCAACUCCAGAGUUCAGAUUUUCAUCCUGUCUCCAAACUGAAAGUUUUGAUUCUAUGCCAUAACAGAAUCCAGCAGCUGAAUCUCAAAAUCUUUGAAUUCAACAAGGAGUUAAGAUAUUUAGAUUUAUCUAAUAACAGACUGAAGAGUGUAAGUUGGUAUUCACUGGCAGGUCUCAGGUAUUUAGAUCUUUCUUUUAAUGACUUUGACACCAUGCCUAUCUGUGAGGAAGCUGGCAACAUGUCACACCUGGAAAUCCUAGGUUUGAGUGGGGCAAAAAUACAAAAAUCAGAUUUCCACAAAAUUGCUCAUCUGCAUCUAAAUACUGUCUUCUUAGGAUUCAGAACUCUUUCUCAUUAUGAAGAAGGUAGCCUGCCCAUCUUAAACACAACAAAACUGCACAUUGUUUUACCAAUGAAUACAAAUUUCUGGGUUCUUUUGCGUGAUGGAAUCAAGACUUCAAAAAUAUUAGAAAUGACAAAUAUAGAUGGCAAAAGCCAAUUUGUAAGUUAUGAAAUGCAACAAAAUCUGAGUUUAGAAAAUGCUAAGACAUCGGUUUUAUUACUUAAUAAAGUUGAUUUACUCUGGGACGACCUUUUCUCUAUCUUCCAAUUUGUUUGGCAUACAUCAGUGGAAUACUUUCAGAUCCGAAAUGUGACUUUUGGUGGUAAGGUUUAUCUUGACCACAAUUCAUUUGACUACUCAAAUACUGUAAUGAGAACUAUAAAAUUGGAGCAUGUACAUUACAGAAUGCCUUACAUUCAGCAGGAUAAAAUCUAUUUGCUUUUGACCAAAAUGGACGUAGAAAACCUGACAAUAUCAAAUGCACAAAUUCCACAUAUGCUAUUCCCUAAUUAUCCUACAAAAUUUCAACAUUUAAAUUUUGCCAAUAAUAUCUUAACAGACGAGUUGUUUAAAAGAACUAUCCAACUGCCUCACUUGAAAACUCUCAUUUUGAAGGACAAUAAGCUGGAGACACUUUCUUUAGUGAGUCGCUUUGCUAACAACACACCCUUGGAACACAUGGAUCUGAGUCAAAAUCUAUUACAACAUAAAAAUGAUGAAAAUUGCUCAUGGCCAGAAACUGUGGUCACCAUGAACCUGUCAUACAAUAAAUUGUCUGAUUCUGUUUUCAGGUGCUUACCCAAAAGUAUUCAAAUACUUGACCUAAAUAAUAACCAAAUCCAAACUGUACCUAAAGAGGCUAUUCAUCUAAUGGCCUUACAAGAGCUAAAUAUUGCAUUUAAUUUUCUAACUGAUCUCCCUGGGUGUAGUCAUUUCAGUAGACUCUCAGUUCUGAACAUUGAAAUGAACUUAAUUCUCAGCCCAUCUCUGGAUUUUUUUCAGAGCUGUCAGGAAGUUAAGACUCUAAAUGCAGGAAGAAAUCCAUUCUGGUGUACCUGUGAAUUAAAACAUUUCAUUCGGCUUGAAACAUAUUCAGAGGGCAUGAUGGUUGGAUGGUCAGAUUCAUACAUCUGUGAAUACCCUUUAAACCUAAGGGGGACUCGGCUAAAAGAUGUUCAUCUUCCUGAAUUAUCUUGCAACACAGCUCUGUUAAUUGUCACCAUUGUGCUUAUCAUGCUAGUUCUGGGGUUGGUUGUGGCCUUCUGUUGUCUCCACUUUGAUCUGCCCUGGUAUCUCAGGAUGCUAGGUCAAUGCACACAAACAUGGCACAGGGUUAGGAAGACAGCCCAAGAACAACUCAAGAGAAAUGUCCAAUUCCACACAUUUAUUGCAUACAGUGAACAUGAUUCUCUGUGGGUGAAGAAUGAAUUGAUCCCCAAUCUAGAGAAAGAAGAUGGUUCUAUCUUGAUUUGCCUUUAUGAAAGAAACUUUGACCCUGGAAAGAGUGUUAGUGAAAAUAUUGUGAGCUUCAUGGAGGAGAGUUACAAGUCCAUCUUUGUUCUGUCUCCCAACUUUGUCCAGAGUGAGUGGUGCCAUUAUGAACUCUACUUUGCCCACCACAAUCUCUUCCAUGAAAAUUCUGAUCAUAUAAUUCUUAUAUUACUGGAACCCAUUCCAUUCUACUGCAUUCCCACCAGGUAUCAUAAACUGAAAGCUCUCCUGGAAAAAAAAGCAUACUUGGAAUGGCCCAAGGAUAGGCGUAAAUGUAGGCUUUUCUGGGCAAACCUUCGAGCUGCUCUUAACAUUCACGUAUCAGCCACCAGAGAAAUGUGUGAACUACAGACAUUCGCAGAGUUCAGUGAAGAGUCUCGAGGUUCUACAGUCUCUCUGAUGAGAACAGACUGCCUAUAAAAUCCCACAGCCCUGGGGAAGUUGGGGACCACAUACAUUGUUGGGAUAUAAAUUGAUACAACCUUUAUGGUGGGAAUUUGGCAAUAUUUGUUAAAAUAGAAAAUGGUUAUAAACUUUAUAUCAGUUUCUGGAAGGAUUUCUAAGAAUGUAUCCUAUAGAAACAUCUUCACGAGUUUAUAAGGGCUUAUGUAAAAAGGUGUUCAUCCCAGCAUUGUGUAUAUUCAUGAAAAAUGGAAAACAUCCUCAUGUCCACAAAAUAAGGUCUAAUUCAAUAAAUUAUAGUAUAUUAAUGUAAUACAAUAUUACAUACCACUAAAAAGAAGCUCUAUAUUUACUGAUAUGUAAAAAUUAUAUUAAUGUGUUAUAAACUAUUAGGUUGGUGCAAAAAUAAUUGUGUUUUUUGUCAUUGAAAUAAAAGUGUAAAGAAAUCUAUACCAGCCGGGUGCGGUGGUUCUUGCCUGUAAUCCCAGCACUUUGGGAGGCUGAGGUGGGCAGAUCACAAGGUCAAGAUCGAGACCAUCCUGGCCAACAUGGUGAAACCCCAUCUCUGCUGAAACUACAAAAAGUAGCCAGGCGUGGUGGCACACACCUGUAGUCCCAGCUACUCGGGAGGCUGAGGCAGGAGAAUUGCUUGAACCCGGGAGGCAGCAGAGGUUGCAGUGAGCCAAGAUUGCACCACUGCACUGUAGCCUGGCUACAGAGUGAGACUCCAUCUCAAAAAAAAAAAAAAAAAAAAAAAAAGAAAUCUAUGAAAUCUAUACCAGAUGUAGUAAUAAUAGUGGUUAGGGUUGGGAGGUUGGAUUACAGGGAGCAUUUGAUUUCUAUGUUGUAUAUUUCCAAAAUGUUUGAAUUGCUUAGAAUG